GCCAAUGGCAGAGGUGGGCUCGGGGGUACAGCGGCGGGGGAGGCGCCGGGCGGGGCGGAGAGAGGGUCGCCCGGCCCCGGGUUCCGCCCCUGCGCCCGCGCGCGCGCCUCCUGCUCCCGCGCCUCCCGCGCCGCCCGCUCUGCGCUCGCAGCUUCCCCGGCCCUGCCGCGUCCUCGUGGCCGCCCCGCAGCCCCCAGCGCCGGUACCAUGGCAGCUGUGUACCGCCCCGGCCUGCGGCUCAGCUGGCGUGGGCUGAGCCCCUGGGGCAGGUCAUCUGGACGCAGCAUCCAGACCCUCCGAGUACUGCAUGGAGAUCUGGGCCAGCUGCCGGCAGGGGUUCGGGACUUUGUGGAGCACAGUGCCCGCCUGUGCCAACCAGAUGGCAUCCACAUCUGUGAUGGGACCGAGGCUGAGAAUACUGCCAUCCUGAGCCUGCUGGAGCAGCAGGGGCUCAUCCGCAAGCUCCCCAAGUAUGAUAACUGCUGGCUAGCCCGCACGAACCCCAAGGACGUGGCCCGAGUCGAAAGCAAGACAGUGAUCGUAACUCCUUCUCAGCGGGACGCGGUGCCCCUUCCUGUGGGUGGGGCCCAUGGGCAGCUGGGCAACUGGAUGUCCCCUGCAGAGUUCCAGCGAGCUGUGGACGAGAGAUUUCCAGGCUGCAUGCAGGGCCGGACCAUGUAUGUGCUUCCGUUCAGCAUGGGCCCCGUGGGCUCCCCGCUGUCACGUAUUGGGGUGCAGCUCACCGACUCCGCCUAUGUGGUGGCCAGCAUGAGGAUCAUGACCCGUCUGGGGACGCCCGUGCUCCGUGCGCUGGGAGAUGGGGACUUUGUCAAAUGUCUGCAUUCCGUGGGCCAGCCCCUCACUAGGCCAGGGGAGCCCGGGAACCAGUGGCCCUGCAAUCCAGAGAAGACCCUGAUUGGCCACGUGCCCGACCAACGGGAGAUCGUCUCCUUUGGCAGCGGCUACGGUGGCAACUCCCUCCUGGGCAAGAAGUGCUUUGCCCUCCGCAUUGCCUCUCGGCUUGCCCGGGAAGAAGGCUGGCUGGCAGAGCAUAUGCUGAUCCUGGGCAUCACCAACCCUGCAGGGAAGAAGUACUAUGUGGCUGCUGCCUUCCCCAGCGCCUGUGGCAAGACGAACUUGGCCAUGAUGCGACCAGCCCUACCGGGCUGGAAAGUGGAGUGUGUGGGCGACGACAUUGCCUGGAUGAGGUUUGACAGGGAUGGUCGACUCCGGGCCAUCAACCCUGAGAAUGGCUUCUUUGGGGUGGCCCCUGGCACCUCCGCCACCACCAACCCUAAUGCCAUGGCCACGAUCCAGAGCAACACUCUCUUCACCAACGUGGCCGAGACCAGCGAUGGUGGCGUGUACUGGGAGGGCAUCGACCAGCCUCUUGACCCGGGUGUCACCGUGACCUCCUGGCUGGGAAAACCCUGGAAACCUGGUGACAAGGAGCCCUGUGCCCAUCCAAACUCCCGCUUCUGCGCCCCUGCUCGCCAGUGCCCCAUCAUGGACCCUGCCUGGGAGGCCCCUGAGGGUGUACCCGUGGAUGCCAUCAUCUUUGGAGGCCGUAGGCCCAAAGGAGUGCCCCUGGUCUAUGAGGCCUUCAGCUGGCGCCAUGGGGUGUUUGUGGGCAGUGCCAUGCGCUCAGAGUCCACUGCAGCUGCUGAACACAAAGGAAAGAUCAUCAUGCAUGACCCAUUUGCCAUGCGGCCCUUUUUUGGCUACAACUUUGGGCAUUACCUUGAACACUGGCUGAGCAUGGAGGGGCACAAGGGGGCCCGGCUGCCCCGGAUCUUCCACGUCAACUGGUUCCGGCGCGAUGAGGCCGGACGCUUCCUGUGGCCAGGUUUUGGGGAGAAUGCUCGGGUGCUGGACUGGAUCUGCCGGCGGCUAGAAGGGGAGAAAAGUGCCAAAGAGACACCAAUCGGGCUAGUGCCCCAAGAAGGCGCCUUGGAUCUCAGCGGUUUGGGGCCCGUGGACACCACCCAACUGUUCUCCCUCCCCAAGGAUUUCUGGGAACAGGAGGUUCGUGACAUUCGGAGCUACUUGACGGAGCAGGUCAACCAGGAUCUGCCCAAGGAGGUGCUGGCUGAGAUGGAGGCUUUGGAGAGACGAGUGCGUAGCAUGUGACCCAAGACUUCAGGCUAGCAGCAGGCACACAUGCCAGUCUAGGAUAGGAAACCAGCAGGCUUGCAGAAUACAUGACACUGGGAUAUGGCCGACAUCUUCAGGGCCAUGAGGCCAGGCCACAGAUCCUCCCACACACACUGUCUAAUAAUGAGAUGCUCCUUUCUUUUAUACAA